UACGUGUGGGAGCUGUUUAAUAAUAGACCUCAUUCGUUCUUCAUUCAUGCACUUGUAUCAUGUUUGUAAUCGUGUCAUCCGUUUGUUGACGCUCAUAUUUCUUGUAUCGUCGGUUCGCUUUAUCAUUUUAUAAUGGACUUGUGAUCAAGUCCGUGGUUUUAUAGUCUGUCGUGUGCAGCCCAUUGAGCUGUCAUCCCCAUUAAAGGAAGUGUGGUUUAAAAAUUCAAUAAUUAUUUUUAAAUUAAAGUAGUAAAAACGAGGAAAACAACGCGCACAAAUGAACAUUAUCCGUUAACUACAUGCUGACUAUAGGUGCAAAGAAAGGCAAGGACUGGCACACCUCAUAAAUAUUAUUUUACCUAGGUCUGGCACUCAAAAUGUGCUCGUCGAGCUAUAGCGACGUUGUGGAGAGGUCACUUCCAGCUCUGUAACCCCUGAGUCAUCAAGUGACCCAGCUGCCAUAGCAACAAGACAACAAGCAGUAUUCACAGAGAUAGGGCAAUUUUUUUCGCACCCACCUCACUUUGUCGAUUCUUCUCGGGAAACUCGUUUCGGCAUUAGAAAGGCACUUGCUAUUAAUUUCGAAAGUGUCUCCCAGUUAAUCUAGUUGUUGUCACCACAUGUACUAACGAUGCCAGACCACGAUACGAAACUAUAUUUAGCCUAAAAGUUUGCCAGCGUCUGUGCGGUCGAGUUCGAGCAUCUAGGAACAAUCGACAGUGAUGUUUCGUGCUAUACGGAUUGCAUUGUUACCCCCGGAUGAGUGAUGGAUGAAGUAAAGGAAAGACAGUGGUAACAAAAUCUUGGAUAUGGCAAACCAAGUUCAUCCUAGUCAGCUUGAGAUGACAGAAACAGGCGCAAAUCUCUCAAAAAGCCUUAUAAGCCUAAAGUAUAAUGAAGAAGCAAAAGAAGUGGAGGAGGAUUCACUUGUUGGGGCAGCCUUGAACAUUUCAAGUUUGAAGGAGGCACAAGAACCCCAAGAAGGCAAAUGGAUACGAGAACACAUCAAAUGUCGUGAAUGUAGAUGGUUUGUGGAGGACAAAGAAUCAAACGAUGAAGUGGAAAAUAUUGUAUACAGCAGGAUGGCUCCCAAAAUAAAUCUUAGCCCUAAAAUGUCUUUACAAGAAAGCGAGUGUGAAAAAGAAAAAGUGUGUAAAUGUGGCUACUCAUUUCAAGACCACAAAUACCAACAAACUGCCAUGAAUCAUCAUGAUCAAGUCUGGAAAUAUAACACACACACAAGUACGCUUCCCACAAAUGCAUAUGGUGAAAUUGAGUUUGUUGGUCAUGGAGACAAGGUUGCAAAGUAUGUACGAGUGGACACUGACACUGACAUGAAGACGAUGCUGCAGCUAAUGAUGGAAGUAUGGAGCAUGAAGAGACCGAAUCUCCUCAUCUCUGUCACAGGAGGAGCCAAAAAUUUUGUUAUGCGAGCUCGCUUGAAGGAGGCUUUCCGUAGAGGACUAAUGAAAGCAGCACUCAGCACAGGUGCUUGGAUUAUAACUGGAGGUACCAAUGCUGGCGUAAUGAAGCAUGUGGGUGAAGCAGUGAGAGAUUAUGGUUUGACUGCUGAGGGUCAGGUCAUUGCCAUUGGAGUAGCACCAUGGGGCUGUGUUCAGGACAAGCAUCUCCUGGAGUCAGAUGGCUUAAAGAUGCGUGGAAAGUGGCCUGCACAAUACCGCAUCAAAUCAGAAGUAGGAAGAUCCCAGUCGUACCUUGAUUCCAAUCAUUCACACUUCAUCCUUGUGGACAAUGGAACCCAGCGCAAAUUUGCUACUGAGAUUGCUUUUCGGGCCAAGCUAGAGAAAGAGAUCUCUCUCAUGCAGACAAGUGCCCGGACUGAUGCCGUCAAAGUUCCUGUGGCCUUGCUAGUGUUGGAGGGAGGCCCUGGCACACUGGAAACAGUUGACAGUGCAAUAUUAAACAACACACCUGCAAUUAUAAUAAAGGGUUCAGGCAAAUGUGCAGACAUAUUGGCCUAUGCUGCUCAAAAUGCAUUACAGAAAGAAAGUGUUUCGUUUGACAAAGAUGGGAAAGAAGUCAAACAACUAAAUGUUGUCAUUGAUGACAAACUUAAAAAAGACAUCAUGGCUAUGGUGGAACAGACAUUUGGCCCCAAAAAUGUGGCUGGAAAUUUCGAACGAGUUGAAAGAUGUGUGGGCAAACCUCACCUCAUUACAGUCUUUGAACUAGAAUCUCGGGGCAGUCAUGAUGUAGACAAAGCCAUUCUGAAAGCUCUUCUCAAAGCUAACAAGGAUCAGAUAAUGGAUCAGCUCAAAUUAGCACUAGCCUGGAACCGUAUUGAUGUUGCCAAGAGUGAAAUUUUUAUAGAUGAGAGACCUUGGCCGACUGGAGUUCUGAAUGAUGUCAUGAUUACAGCUAUACAGCUAAACCGAGUAGAUUUUGUUGACUUGUUUUUGGACAAUGGAGUAAGUCUGAAAGAUUUCCUGACGGUUCGUCGCCUUCUGCUUCUUUAUAAUGAUAUUCCAAAGAACAGUUUGCUGUAUACACUACUGUGGAAAAUCAAGUCUGGACAGCGCACAAAAUUUUCGCUGCAAGAUGUUGGGGUUCUGCUUCAAACACUUCUUGGGGAUUACUAUCAGCCAAAUUACCUUACAGUAGAGAAACUUCGAAAUCUUAAUGCAGAUACUAUCCUGAGUGAGAAAGAAUGCCCUGUGAGUCCUACUGAAGAGUACUUUAUGGAUGGAGACAGUGACUUUGCACGACCUGCUCAGGAACUUUUUAUUUGGGCUGUUCUGAUGAACAGGCAGGAAAUGGCUAAGCUGUUUUGGAGAGAGGGCAAUGAAUCAACAGCAGCUGCCCUCACUGCAAACAGUUUGCUAAAAGCUAUGAACCGUUACACAGAUGACACAGACCUUCUUCAAAGACUUCAGCGCAAUGCUGAUGAAUUUGAGGAUCUGGCAAUUGGGGUUCUGAACAAAUGUUACUCAGUCAAUGAACAUCGUGGCCAGGACCUUUUGAUACGAGAAAUGCCAAACUGGGGAAAUGCAACCUGUGUGUUAAUUGCUCUCCAGGCUGACAAUAAACGGUUCAUUUCUCAGACAGCCUGUCAGUCACUGUUAAACUCCAUCUGGAUGGGUAGUUUGUCUCAAGACAACAGUCUGUGGAGGAUACUUUUGAGCAUGUUUGUCUUACCAGUUAUCUUCUGGCUCAUUAAGUUCCAUGAAGAAGAAAGGGCUCGUUCAGAGGACUUCAAUGUAAAUGUACAAGAGCAGAGAAAAAAGACAGCAGAUGGACAUGCUCCACCCCCACUUACUCGACAGCCAACAUCAGCAAAUAUUAAGAACUCUGUUCCAGUCAAGGAAGAGGGAAGAAACAGAAGGAUGUCCAAGUGCACUAAAAUCAAACUUUUCUACACUGCUCCAGUUGUAAUCUUCUGUUUUAACUGUAUUUCCUACCUUGUGUUCCUGGGCCUGUACAGCUACAUUCUUAUUGUGCAGCUUACACCAGCCUUCCAUUUCCUAGAGGGCAUCCUCAUUGGAUGGGUCUUUACAAUCUUUGUUGAAGAAAUGAGACAGUUUUCAAGCAACUACGCUCACUCUGUGGCAUCCAAACUGACAACCUACUUCUCUGAUUCGUGGAAUUUACUUGAUGUUAUCACUAUCAGCCUGUUUGUGGUUGGGAUGGUCCUACGCUUUAUCCCAGACAAUGCCUGCUUUGAGGCAUCUCGUGUUUUCCUCUCCAUUAACCUCAUCAGCUUCUUCUUUCGUAUUUUGCAUAUCUUCUCUGUGAACAAGGAACUAGGCCCAAAACUGGUCAUGAUUGGGCGUAUGGUGAGAGACUUGCUGUGGUUUGUGGUGAUACUGCUGGUCUUUAUUGGUGCUUACUCCAUUGCAUCUCAAGCCGUCUUGUUCCCAAACACAGAGCUGUCAUGGAGUCUUUUGUACCAGUUGCCUCGGAAAGCUUACUGGCAAAUUUACGGAGAACUUUUCCUGGAUGAUAUUGAAGAAGGAGAUUCAAACUGUGUUACAAACACCACAUCUUUAGAUAAAAGAUGUCCUUCAGACAUAGGACGUUACUUCGUGCCAGUGCUUUUGGGCAUCUAUAUGCUGUUGACGAACGUAUUGCUGCUAAAUCUGCUCAUAGCCAUGUUCAGCUACACAUUCGAGAUGAUGCAGCAGAACACAGACAACAUCUGGAGGUUCAUGCAGCUUCAGGUGGUCAUGGACUAUAGUCUCAGGCCUGUCCUGCCCCCACCUUUGAUCUUUUUUUCCCAUCUGUGCUAUCUCACACGAUGCCUUUCAGGCCACUGCUGUUGUCAGCAUGUUAGUGGUCAAAGUACAGCCUUCAGGAAGCGCUAUGAAAACCCCAAUGAAGAAAAGCAGCUGGUACAGUGGGAGAACAUUAUUGCUGACAACUAUCUGACAAAGAUGGAAGCUAGGGAGGCUGACAGUGUGGAGAGCAGGGUUAGGACAGUUGUGGAGAGACUGGAACUGUUGAGUGCCAAAGUAGAUGACAUGUCAGAAAGUCAGCAUGUAGCAACAACACCUGGACCCAGACCUAUCCAAACAUCAGAUUCUGUGCCUGUACAGCAACAAGUAGUGCACAUGUCACCACAGCUACACCAGCGCAUGGCUGCAUUAGAAGAACAUAUGACUAGCACAUCUCAGGUUUUGAGCAGCAUCAUGAAAUCGAUGGAAGUCAUCACCUCAGGAGCUACCACAACCUCUUUUCCUGGGUCUGAUGUUGAAUGUUUACCUAACCAUCCCAAGGCUUUGAGACUAAAGCCGAUUGUAUAUUCUCCUGAUGAAAAAAAACUAGAAAAGCCAAAAUCUACAACAGUCAAACAGUUGUCAUUGUCAGAAGUGGACAGACACUCUCAAGAGCAUAUCAUUUCCCGCUCUGCGAUAUAUCCUGGCAGCUUUGUUGAACGAUUUCCAGUCCCAAAUGAUAAGGUUUCAUGGGAUAUACAUUUUCCACAAUAUGAUCCAGUUAAUUACACUGCCCAGAAAGUGUUACAAAAUGAAGAAGGGACUGAUGCUAUUGACUUGUUGCAGCUGCAACCAAAUGAAAGAGAAGGGCUUUUUUCCUUCAAUAAAUUUGACGAGAAGGCAAAAAUUUCACGUGUUAGUCUUCAAGGAAAAUAUAAAGUGGUUAACGGCCUUCCAUUAAACCCUGUGGGACGUACAGGUAUUAUAGGUCGAGGACUAUUUGGCAGAUGGGGACCAAAUAUAGGUUUCAAUGCUUUAGUCACAAGGUGGAAACGUGAUUUCCUGGGGAAUAUUGUCAUCAUUGAUGGAAAACGUGUUCUAGAGUUUAUUGCUAUAAGAUCUGACAGCAAGAAGUGGUCCAUUCCUGGAGGUGUCGCGGAAAACAUGAAGAUGCCAUGGCAGGUGCUGGAAAAAUACUUCCUUUUUGAACCUUCAGAUUCCAUAAAAGAUGACCUACAGGUGAAAAAGGCAAAAAUCAGCCAAGGCUUGAAUGAACUGUCAAAACAUGGCGAGGAGUUGUACAAGGGUUAUGCUGAUGAUGCUAGGAACACUGACAAUGCCUGGCUGGAAACACACGUGAUCAACUAUCAUGAUGAUGAUCUCUUUAGAAACGUGGAGCUGAGGGCAACACCAGCAGUAGAAGCUGUGGCUUGGUGUGCAAUAUCCAAUUCAACUGCACAUGGAUCGCAUAUGUACUUCUUAAAACUUGCUGCAGAGAAGCACAAUGCCACGUUUUAACAAAACAAAAUGAAACAUCUGAAAAGAAUCACAUUAAAUAAUAUUUUUAGACUCAAUAUAAUGCUGGAAGACAGCUGUAUUUUCCAUAUACGGUCCCUAAUCUUCAACUGCAUUUACUUGAUCAGGGUAUACAUUGUCAGGAUCUCUUUCACUUUUGUACUGUAUAACAUCAAAGAAUUUUUUUUCCAUUCAAAAAUAUGUCAACUUUGUUGUGUGUUCCUGAACAAGGAAUUAACCAUUUCUCUUAGCAGUAAAUAUUACAUGCCCAUAUUCUCAGGUUUCUUUUAGGUAGCACAUAAUAUUUUAGAUUAACACUUCUGUAUUUUAGAAUGCCCUGUGAAGAGACAAAUAUUGAAUACUGCCUCACUACAAGACUGCUAGCAACAUGUCAGUAACAAGAUAUAUGCAAUUUUUCUUUGAAACUUUGGAGGCACUGUGACACUGCACCAAAAUAGUUGUCAAUCAUUUGUCGUUGAAGGAUGCGGUAUGGAAUUUUAUCACAUAUUGCAUUGAUUCCAGUUCAUGCUGUAAUUCAAGCAUUCUCGUAACCAUUUUUUUAAAUGAAAUUCAAUUUAUUUUUCAUAGAAGACAUUAAAAAUACCUGCAGCUAUUUUAAAUUGGACUAGCUUGAUGGAAGAGCUAUCAUAGUUCAUCUCAUGUAGCAGUUUUGUGAGAAGUAGUAAAGAAAUUAUGGUAUGAGGAUCUCCAUUGUGCUCAAUUCGGAUAUUUUUCUCUGUAGGUAUUGGUUGAAUGGAUGUUACAAAACUGUUCCAUUUCUUGCAUAUUUUAUUCAUGGUCUAUGAAUAUUCAUAACUAUGAGGCUAGUUAUGGUUCAAAAAUUGUACGGGUGUUGUGUUGCACUUUUAUAGUUAAUGUUGUACGAGGGACAUGAGCAGAAAAUAUCAGUGCAUGAAAGAGAGAAAACAAACGAUUGUUCUUACAAACAUAGCAAUAAACUGCACAAAUAUUUUACUUUCUGUCAAAUUUUACCACAGUGUUGGAUUUUUAGCAAUAUAUUACUUUUGUAAAAAAAAACCUUUUUUGAAAGAAGGUACUUGUAACCGGGAACUGGUACUAUGAAAAUUUUAGUGGCAACAUGUAAUAUAGUGCCAUCAAAUAUCAAGUGCCACCAAAUUCUUGAAAUGAAUGACAUUGCAUCAGUAAAGAUUAGUUAUCAAAAUGCACUAUAAAGGUUAUUUUUCCGCAUUUAAAUGUUCAUAGGGAUGGGUCUUGCGUGCAAGGCAAACCUGGUAAUAAGAACUGACUGUGUAUUCUGGCAGUAAAUAGUAGAUAUUUCAGCAUCCUCCGAGUUGGUCAUGGCUUGUAAAGAUUAACUAGAAACUUGUUUCUUCAGCUUGUGUUUUCUUAAAUCGGACAUGUCAUCAGAUGUUUAACUGUUUUGCAGUUUAUUUUACUUGUUGAUCCUAUUGUGGGGCGCAUGUGGGAAUGUGAAAAUUGAUACUGUGGCAUUAUGUGGCUCUUUAAUAGAUUUAUUAGUUUCAAAUGUCAAGAAAGACAAUGAGAGAAAAGACAAUGCUUGAAGGUGUUAAUGGUGACCUUUGUCAAGGAAGGCAUAAGACUAAGAGGGUUCAUUCAGCAAUACGACAAGUGCCUUAAUUUUCAUAUUAACAGUGUUAAUAUAAAUUUAAUGUUUUGACUCCUCUGCCACUACAGCAAGUCUUUCUUUCAAUUGUACAUUCACAAGGCUGUUUUGGCAGGGUUAGUAAUGUUUGUACUGAUGAUUACAAAGCUUGUGUUAGAUGAAAAUAGUGCAUCUUGGACAUUUAUUGUAUAAUAGUGAAUGCUUUUGCAUCAAUAAUCAGACAUAAAGCGCAUAUUUGAUCAUAUUUGAUCCCUUGACCUAUUUACUUAAUGGCUGCCAUCAGGAUUUUUUAUUUGGCUAUUCAGAUCUGUUUUACAUCCACUGAGAUUGUCAUCAAUAUAUGUGUGCACCACAUGGCACAUAUAUAUUGUAUAUUGUGGAUUUCUUUGUUGUUUGAUAGGCUGGAUGAUUUUAUUUGUAAUCUGAUAGGGCAUAUACAAAAUGCAUAUUUGUGACUUGCUACUGUACAUCUGAUAUAAAUAGCAAGCUACAAAUUCACUUAAAGAAUAUUAUAAUUUCUACAAAUAUUUCACAGCAUAAAUGACAUAUUCUAUGGCAUUCAUCUGGCUGCAAAAGUGCAAGCUGGCCUUUGUGGAUGUGAAAAAAGGUACAGAGGCACAUUUUAAGGAAUGGCUGUUCUACUCUUUUCACCCUGUUAUUUAUCUAUGAUUUCAUUUCCAUUUGUAUUUAAUGCAUAUAUAUCGAUAUCAUAUAGUUGUCUGGAAAUAGCAAAUUUCUUUAACAUACUUUAUACAUUUCUAAUUAUUUCUUUUUUUAUUUACAAAACAACAGGGGCUUUCAUCUGAUCUUAUGUUAUUACAGUCCCAUUUAUAAUUAACAGUUAUGCUUAUUUUCAAAUGUUGUAUAGUCUUACCAUAUUUACAUAUACUUGCAGACAGUUGUGUUGAAUGUAAUUUCAGCAUAAAACCAUACACAUGCAGAUGAGCGAGAAGCCAUAUUAUUUGUAUUGAUCACAUAUUAUUUGUAUUGCAAGAUCCUCAUUAUACUGUUAUGUUUUUUAAAAAAAACUGUAAAUAUCCAUACUGUGUUAAUUGAAAGGGGUAACAAAAGUUUGUCAGUAUCUGUGUCAAAUGAAACAAGCUCACCUGUGAUUGCUAUUUUAAGUGCAUAAUAUAUACACAUUUUAUUUACAUGCAUUAUUUUUAUUUAUUCAUAAAUUUUUAAUGUCUUUUGUGGUGUUUUUUGAGUAAAUGUUAGGUGUGUUUUGUACAAAAAUUUCUGAUUAAGGUAAAUAUUUUAAAUGUAUGGUCUUAAGGAGCUGUUGAUAAGAUAGAGGACAAGUAUUUGAGUGGAUGUGUGGCUAGUAUACAUUAUGUACAAGUGCAUUUUUACAUUGAAUAACCUGAUUUUAUCAGUAAUUGAAACCUUGACCAUAAUAUGCUAAAUGGCACGUAGUCAUCAGUUUUGAAACCAAAGGGGAGUAUUUGUGACCGUGAUGCUAUCACAGAUUGAGAAAGAGGCAAGAAACAAACUUUUCAUCAAGCGUGCAGUCGACAUAUACACUCAUAGAUGUGAAAUAUAAAUAUGUAGCGGAAGAUACAGCAACAAAGCACGAAGCCUGUAGAUGACAAAAUGUGAAGCCUGCAUGGUAUUUACAUUAGAAACAAAAUGUUAUAGUUGCAUCCUGUGAAAAAUUGCAGACAAAAUCACCGAGACGAACAACAGUUUGCAGAGAUCGUUAGUGGAAAAAGUGGUCUACAGGUGGAAACGACUUGGCGCAGGCAUAGGAUAAUCCAAAAUAGAGGUGUACUGCACAAAAAAAGUACAUAACAACAGAAGACACCAGUGGAAUGAAACAAAAAGACAGCAGUCCUCUCAAUUAGUUUUAUGCUAAGGGACACCAACACACACAGUGACCAGUACAGAAAACACAAAUUUUACUUCAUGAAAUGUCACACUUGGAGAAACAAUACUGGAUGAAAUUGUUUCCAUUUCAUAUGUCUAACUUGUUUUUUGAUUCUAAAUGACACUCCGUAUAUGCAAAGGAUCAGGGGCAUGACAAGUAUCGGAGGUUUCUAUGACUGAUGGCGGUAGUGAUGAAAAUCGCCGAUGUACAUCCGUAGACUAAUUGUGCUGAAUGAUUGUUUUAUGAUUAUUAUAGAGCUGUUAGUAGCAAGUUCCAGUGUUUUGUGACUGCUGGCAAUGAUGAUGUCACUUUCUUACCAGGAACUUCUUGAUAAUUUAUUUUUAAUCUGGUUGUUAGUAGUUGGGAUUUUCCCCAGUUUGUGCCAUGCUGAAGGGUAUGAGAUCAAAAUUUUGUAUGACAAUAUGCUGCUUUGUGUAUAAAGUGUGUAUGAUUUCACUCUACUAGCUCUUACAGUAUUGUUGCAAGAUGUUGACAUUUGUUACUUUUAUUUAUCAAAUGAUGCUAACUAAACAUUCCAAACUCAUAAGGAUAUGGUAGACAAUUUUUUCCAAAUUAUACAAUUUCAUGAAUUUUUAGAUGGAUUUUUAACAUCAAAUUAUUAUUUGAACAUUUUAAAUCGUUAAAUCGUGGAGAGUAUAUGGCUUGUCUGCAACGACAACCCUGAUAUUUUUGAAAUGGUAUGUUCGUCUUUGUGAACACUUUUUGUUUAUGAAUUUAUUGAUUGCUAAUGCAUUUGUUUUGACUGUAUAUUGGGGCUGUGUACUUAAAAACUUAUGUUUUAACAUUAAACAAAAGCUCAAAAUAGGAGAAAUUUCACAGGUAAUUGAAGUUUUAUAAUAACAAAAAUUAAACAGGCUAACAAAUAAAGUCUUUUUCACUAA